CACAGCUCUCUCAGAAGGAGCAGAGCCAGGGUGAAUAGUUCUGUUAAGAGACACGCACUCACACACACAUGCCACACACAUAAGUGUUUGCUGCUAGAAAAGGAUUAAUGUAAUGGAGAAUGGCUAUUUCAAAGACAGGGACCAGACUGCAGUGCUUACAGUAGUAUUUUUAAAUGUAUUAAUACGUGCUUCAGUCCCAUGGCCAUGCCUGACCUAUUUUUGGCUUGGGACGGCCAUUGUUCUAUUUCUGUCGCCUGUGGGCCACGCUCUUGUUGAUUCACAUGUAAAUGUGUUUUCACUUGCUUUAGCCACCUUUGUGAAGUGUGUGAGACAGAGGGACAGACAAAGGGACAGAGAAAAGGAAUAUGUGAAACUGGACAGAGAUACAAGACAAAGGACCUAGCUGUCAAAGAUGAUGGAAAACAAUUAAAUCCUCAAAAGCUCAUUGCCUGUAGACCCCUCUCUUUAUUUUUCUGGUGUUAUAAACAUGUAUUCAGUUUCCCUCCCAGCAAAACUGAGGAACUGAUUUGUAUCCCAGCACCUGCUAUCAGCUUACAGAAAGCGAGAGCUAAAAAUAAACCAGAGGUGCUUUUUUUUGCUGCAACUGUUUCAGCUCUGAAACAGAAAAGAAUUACAUUUCUGUAAAGGUUUUUUUUCUCUGUGAGCAAGGAAUAAUUACGGAGGUGUUUAGUUCCCCAGUGGAGAAAGCAGGAAGGAAGGACAGGGGAGGGUUGCCUCUGACGCCUCAUGUGGUGUGGUGUGAUGAAUCUUCCAUGUAGCUGAAGUUGGGAAUUGACUGGAAUAUGCUGCAGACAAUUUAUGAGAGUGAAUCGUGUUUCUCCUCAGAUGGGGUUGCUGGAAGAGAACAGAUUCUGGCUCAGCACAGAAUGCAAAGUGUGAUUAACUCAGUGGAUGUGAAGUCGGAGGUACCUCACAGUUUGGAACCUGUCACACCAUUGGAUCUGAGGACGGAUUUAAGGAUGGUGGUACCGGCAAUCGAUACUGCCCUGCGAGAGAAGCAGUUGCAGCAGGAGCUGCUCCUCAUCCAGCAGCAGCAGCAGCUUCAGAAACAGCUUCUGAUCGCCGAGUUCCAGAAACAACAUGAGAACCUGACUCGCCAGCACCAGGCCCAGCUGCAAGAGCACAUCAAGUCACUACAGGAGCUGCUGGCCAUUAAGCACCAACAAGAACUGGCUGAGAAGGAGCACAGGCUUGAGCAGCAGCGACAGGAGCAGGAGCUUGAGCGACAUCGCAGGGAGCAACAAUUGCUGUAUCUCAGAAGUAAAGAACGAAGCCGAGAAAGUAAAAGUGUACGAGGGGCAGUAGCUAGCACUGAAGUAAAGCAAAAACUCCAAGAGUUCCUGCUAAACAAAUCAGCCACAAAAGAUUGCAGCAGUAAUGGAAGGAGUCAUUCCAUGAGCCGCCACCCCAAGCUCUGGUACAUGGCUGCCCAUCACACUUCACUGGACCAGACUUCGCCACCACUGAGUAAAACCUCACCAUCUUAUAAGUAUGCUUUACAAGGGACACAGGAUACAAAAGAUGACUUUCCAUUGCGCAAAACAGCUUCAGAGCCAAAUCUGAAAGUGCGUUCCAGGUUAAAACAGAAAGUAACAGAAAGAAGAAGCAGUCCAUUAUUAAGGAGAAAAGAUGGCAAUGUUAUUAGUUCAGUCAAAAAGAGGACAUUUGAAGUUGCAGAGUCAUCAUUAAGUAGCAGUUCUCCAGGCUCAGGUCCCAGCUCACCGAUCAAUGGACCAGCUGGGGCAGAGAAUGGGACCUCAGCUCUGCCUCCUAACUCCCACAGUGAGCCUUGUCCACAACGUCUUAUAUCUCAUCAAGGACUGCUUCCUCAUGAAGAGUCACUGAACCUGUUGAGUCUGUAUACUUCACCUUCAUUGCCUAAUAUAAGUCUGGGAAUUCCAACAACACCAUCUCAACUUAAUGCCUCUAGCACACUGCAGGAAAAGCAGAAAUGUGAAGCCCAAACAGUAACAGCCCUCAGACAAAGUGCGACCCUUCCUGGACCAUAUGGAGGAAGUGGGACUUUAACUUCAGGUCCUGCUCACUUGGCUGUGGAAGGGAAGUCCAAUAACAGCCAUCAUGCCCUUCUUCAGCAUUUGCUGUUGAAAGAACAAAUGCGUCAACAGAAGCUCCUUGCAUCUAGUGGGGUUCCAGUCCAUUCUCAGUCACCUUUAGCAGCAAAAGAAGGGGGUUCAUCCAGUCUCAGAAGUACGCACAAAUUGCCCCGCCACAGGCCACUGCACAGGACGCAGUCAGCUCCACUUCCCCAAAGCACACUGGCCCAACUGGUCAUUCAGCAGCAACACCAGCAGUUUUUGGAAAAACAGAAGCAAUACCACCAGCAAAUUCACAUGAACAAAAUGCUUUCCAAAUCCAUUGAACAGCUUCGCCAACCUGAGCGAUACCUGGCUGAAGCAGAGGAGGAGGAGAUACCCAAAGAAGAACAGCAAGACCAGGGAGAUGAAGGGGUUCCAUGUAGCCACAGCUGCAUCAGGAGAAAUAGGCAUUUUACUAUUGGGGAUGAGAGCACAGAAAGACUGCUGAGUCCUGUGAAGGUAAAAGAAGAGCCCCCUGAUACAGACGAGGAGACACCACCAAUGGAUACUGGUGAAAAAACUGCAUUUGUACAGCAGGUUAUAAGCAAGGAUUUGGCCCCUGGCUUUGUGAUCAAGGUGAUCAUAUGAGGUGUAAAGCAUUAUUAGGACUUCCCAUCAAGCUCUAGUCUGAUGAAGUUCUAGCAGUAUCAAGGGAAUGGUCAGCUAUGUUCGGUUGUCAUGGCACCUUGUUGGUCAUGUUACAUUUUCUUUGCAUUUAUGCUCAUAUGGUCAUUGUCACAUCAUAAAUUUCUGACUCCAGGACCAGAAUACCUUACCUCUUACAUUUAUUUCAUUUCAUACAGACAAAAAAGCUGUCAUUUCCCGUGCAAACAGAAUGGUCAUUUAGCCAUACAUCUAAUUAUUUUUCUUGUCAAUAACUCAUCUGUCACACAACGGAGACCCAUGUCAUAUUACUGUUGAAAUUAAAGGGAUCAGCGAUAACUGAAGAACUGUUUCAGGCCUUUCUACUGGAGUAUUUAUAUGCACAGACUUUUCAUGCUCUUCAGUAUGUCAGCACAAGCCACAGCUGUCUUCAUUUUAACUUACAAGUAUGUAAGGUACUAAAAAUGAGUGCAUAGCACUGUCAAAUAUGGGUAUUUUUUGUUAUGAAAUAUAUUUUGCCUAGCACUGUACUAGUGCUUUGUAUGGGUUGUGUAGUGAGCACACAUUUGAAGGUACUCCAAUUUAAAGUGAAUGUGUGGAACUUUGGAUUGAACAGCUGCAAGACAGAACUAUUUCUAACCUUGGAAGUGCUACAGUUUGCAGCUUUGACUUUGUUUUUUAAGUCAGAUUUAUUUGCCUAUACUAAGUGCUUCUCUGAAAGAAGUAAGAGACAUUGUUAACAAAGAUCACAUGGUCAAAACUGUUCUUGUGACUCUGUACAUAACUAAGAACAAAUAGUCACAGCAAGUUUGUACUAAGUCCAUAUUUGUCACUCAGAUUAAGAAAACUGUGAUUCAUUUUUACAAACUUUUAUUUAUCUUUGAUGUUACUGUCUUAUAAAUUUAAUUAUACAUGAUAAAAUCAAGAUUCUGUCCUAUUUGCUCAGCAUUUCCAAAUAUUGCUACUCUUUCAGGAAAAUCUAAUACAGGUAAAUACAGUCUUGUCAAAAAAACAAUGGAUGUUUGUAAUAAAAAUGUUAAGAAGCAGAAUGUCAAAUUAGCCAAUCAAAGCUUUGUCAAAUUUUGUUAAGUUUCUGCUGUUCCUGUGCAGAAAAAAAUGACAUCAUAAGAUGAACAGGAAAUGUCUUAUGGAAAUGGGAAGUCCCAAGUAAUUCAUUUACUAAGGAAUGCAACAGAAAUGACUAAUGAGUGAUUCUCUGCUUUCCCAAAAAAAAAAAAAAAAAAUCUAUGAAAUUAUUUAUUGUCAAAGAAAACAACAUUAGUAUGGAAAUUGUUGGAGAAGCUGUUCUGUGAAGCGUUUCCUUCAUCGACACAUUUAAUUUUUGUGUCUUUUACUGAUUUAUGUAACAUAGUUUAAUCGUGCUUUGCAAUCAUGUCUUUUAAAUUCGGAAACCUAAAUGUUGUCCUCUAAGUAAAUAUUGUAUAUUUAAUUUACACUUUUACAUUUAAAUGUAAUUAUAUAUAAGUUAUAGUAACCCCUAAAAUUAAUUUAUUUUGGCAAAUGUAGUAUGGUCACAAACGUUUUGAACUGUGAAAAAUAAACGUGCUCGCAAAAAAUGAUAAAUUAUUAUUAAAGAUAUUAUACAGCUUUUACAAUAAGUUUAUCCAAGAAAUUCUAGAAGAUCAAAACAACAAUGGCAACAUUACAGAUUUCCACAAGAACAAGGCAGCUCAUAAGUAAGUUUAGAAAUGUAUUCAUUUGUUCCAUAUUUAAAACAGCAGUGCAACAGAAACCCACGUGCCUUCUGUUUGUACCUAUAAAUACAUUAUUUCUAUAUAUUUUCCUGGAAAUUACAGCUAUGUUCAGGUGGGGCAAAAUACUGCAGAGUUAAUUAGUUUUAUGCGCGCAUUUAAUUUAUGUGAUGAAUAAAAUGGGUGCUGCAUAAGAAUGUAUCUGUGAAGGGAAUGAUAAUGCUGUUCCUAGUUUUAGUCGAACUGCUGGUUUUAGAAUUUAUUGUUGUGCUGCUGGUUUUAAGUGUCGAGUACAUCAGACUUGCAGACAAAACGUUGUCUUUUCUUUUAUAAAUCUUCUUAUUUAGUGCUGCUAAUUGUUCAGAAGAGACCUUUAUACUCUACUAUAGCAUUGCCCUCUUAAAAUUUUGACUUUGUAUGAUGGGACCACUUCUUGCAGAUAUUGGCUUUUUGUCCCUUCAUGCUUGUUUUAGAUAUUCAUAUUGUAGAAAUCCUCACUUUUAGCCAGGGAAACUGUUACACCUAUAAUGUUGGUUCCAAGGUAGGUAGCAUGAGUGCAUGUCAAUGCUGCAUGCGAGUGCUACUUCCAAAUGAGCAUGCCGCCAAAUAAAAGAAGAUGCUGUUAGCAUGAGCAGAGUUAGCUGACAGUAUAGAAUGUCCAAUAAGACAGUCUCUUGGGCUGUGCUGAGAAUGACACAUUGCUAUACAUUUUUGUCAGUCAGCCAUCUCCAUAGUUCAACAUGGUACAAUUUUAGAAGACCUUAAUACUGUCUGUUUCCAUUGUCAUUCUGGUAUACUGUGUUCAUACAUGGCUACAUAAUAUAAUUACUGUCUUUAACAAUGUCAUUUUUACUCUUUCCAUACCAUAUAAAUUCAUAGUUAAAGAUAGUAUAAUAUCUGCUUGUUAUGAACAUUUCAAGUCAUACUUAAAAAAAAAAAAAAAAAGACUUCUGGAAAGAAAUUACCUGUCUUUAACAAAUGGACAUGGACUGAAACCUGCUUACAGCCAUUUCUAAUUCAGGAGUAAACUACUGGAGUUCUUACAAAUAAAUUUCAUCUUAGAUAUAAAAGGUAAUCUGAGAGAUACAGCUAAAGCAGAGCAUUUAUUUUAUAAUUUCAUAACCUCUGUAGGUGACCAUUAAUACUGAGAAAGCCUUUCUUUGGGAGUUGUUGAGUUACAGUGAUAUAGUCAUUUCUAACUCUGAUACUUGUCUUCUGUAUUUUGUUGUGUAUAUAUAUAUAUGAAUAUUAUUUACACCCCAUAAGGGGUGCACUUGUUUUGUGCUGUAAAUAUAUUAUGUUUGUAUGUGUUCUCUUUUUUGUGUCCUGUUGUCUGUUUCUUUCUCUAAUAAAGUUUAUAAAAUAUUUUGACUCAA